AAAGUAAAACCUGCUAUUACUCAACUCGAGUAUCUGUCUAGUACUAAUUCUAAUUAUCAGGUUUAAUUUGUCCGUUUUGGUGCCACUCUUUGAUGAACGAAGUGUCUAUUUAUUCCUGAUACUCAUGACUGAUUUGAAAAUAAAGAACAGUGCUUCAAGCAAAAGAAGUAAAUUGAGCGACAAUAAUCUAUUUUUAGGGAACAAAUAUUGACCCAAUUACAUGAAGGAUUUGAAAGAACAAAUCUCGGAAUAAAGGCAGGUCUUUGGCCCUCCAACGGUCUAAAGUUUCCGAAUUAAAUGAUUAGCCGGUAAAGGGAGAAUUUUGUUGAUUCAAGUUCGGGUUGAAGGAGAACGCUGUUGCCCGUGUGCACCGAAACGAAAAUUAAAUUUUUCUCUUGUAUUAGAAAUGAAAAUUCUUUAUUGAUUUUGGGGGCGUUUAAAUUACAUGGACAUAUUUUUUUAUCUUAGCAAAUGCUGUAUUGAACUCGAGCACAAAGUGCCUGUUAAUGAGCAUGGAUAUUAAACUGCAAGUUCCGUCGUUGUUAUUUUCCUUAUUUUAAACAACAAAGCGCAUCAUCGUCUAGAUUAGAUAAUUUCUUGCCUGAUAAAAAUUAAGAGUUCAGUCAAUAAUUUAUGCAUGUUGAGUGAGUUUAUACAAAUUGUUAAGGAAGGUUGCAAGUUAAAAAGUUUGAACCACGUUUAUAAUCUUUUGAUCACAGUCAUCAAUGUCGACAAUUUAGUUUAAUGAAUUAACGAAGUGGAAAAGUAGAUUUAGUUAAUUGGGAGCAAUAUUUGUUUGCACGUUGGCUUGGCUCUCCCAGUGACUGAUGAUGGAGUUAUCCAACAACACAUUUGCUGAAACGCUGGCCUCAGAUGAAGGCUACGGCUCAGCAACCAGCUCAUGGGAUGUGCUAAAGGCUGCGCUUUGUUUGUUGUGCGGAUUGGCCAAUAUUCUAAUUAUCUACGUGAUUGCCAGAAAUAGUGCUUUGCAAACGCGCCCCAAUGCCUAUUUAGCAAAUUGGUGUAUUAGUAGUUGUAUUAUUUUGAUAUUAUCGUCCACACAAUUGGGCCUAUUUGGAAGCACUGAGGACAUCAGUUAUGAGUUGCUGUGUGUUACCGAAGAAAGUCAUUAUGGAAUGAUCAUUCCCAAUUUGCUUUUUGUAUUGGUGUUAUUUUUGGAGUGGUACUCGGGUUCCUACGGAAGGCCAUGCUGUUUGACCAGCAGAUUGGGGCUUGUUGCCAUUGUAGCCCUGAUUUGGACUGUAGCAUUGAUCAUCUCAGCUGCUUCGGCCACUUUUUGCAUCCUCGACAUGAGUUAUCCGCUCUCCCUAAUCAGUUUCAACUUAGUUUAUAUCUCAGUGUUUGUUGUUAUUAUCUUUGUUCAUGGUCUUAGGAUAAUUAUGAUUAAGAUUUUCAAUAAACCUCCAGUUGAAAACAAGUUGGAACUGGUCCUGGUAACUUCCUACUUUUUUUGUUGGCUGCCAAACUUUCUACUGAUUUACGGCCAAAUGUUCUUUGGAUUUUCCGUCAGUCCCACCUUGGAAUUAGUAACGUAUUUUUGUGGAUACGCCCAUUCAUUCGUUAUGCUGAUUUUACUGUACUUCUGUGAUAAAUGUUUCAAAAUGCAUCUCAGGGAUCUUUUCGGGUUAACGGAAAAGACACCGCAAUCCAUUUUACAUAAAGAGCAGAACACAGGACUGUUGUAAAAAGCACAGUGAUGUUAGAUUUUAAUUAGCAAGACUGAUAUUAAUGGUAUUUUACAGUAGAUUUAACAUGUUUGAAUGUUAUAUUGCUCUGUUAGUACGUGCCCAUGACCAGAAUGUUUUCUGCAUUUUUUUUGAAGAAUUAUUGUAAUUGUUAAUGAUUAGACUGACAUUUAUAGAGCAACAGCUACCUGAUGUUAUAUGUUUGAUACUUUUAAUUCACUAUAUAUUUUAUAGUAAAAUUUUUAUUUGUACCUAA